CCCGCCAGUUGGACCCACUCACGACUGCCCCUCCACGGCAAGCGCGUACACUGCGGGGCAGCAACAAUCGCGACUCUUUGAGAGCUCCCAUCACCACCACAAGACCGCCACAAUGUUCAAGAAAGACAUCUCGGCCGGCGCGAAGUCGAAAGUAAAGUCAAGUAUCCAGCGCGCUCUGCGUUCAAAAGUACUCGAAACCUACCCCAAGCUCGAACCGUACAUCGAAGACAUCCUGCCGAAGAAGGAGCAACUCGACCUCGUCAAGUUGCCAGACCGUGUCUCGCUGUACACCCUAAACGCAACGCCGCUGUUCUUUCAGCACAUGGACGACGCGCUGCUCCCACACCUGACGCUCGUGCACAAAUACCCCACGGCGUUCCACCGCCUGCGCAUCGACCGCGGCGCAAUCCGGUUCGUGCUGUCGGGUGCGGCGCUCAUGGCGCCCGGUACGACGAGUCCCGGGGGCAGGCUGCCAAGCAAGGAGCUGAGCGCGGAGGAUCAGGAGAAGUAUGGGAGUGAGAAUCUAGAGGCGGGGACGGUAGUAGUUGUUGAGGCGGAGGGCAAGGAAACGGCGUGUAUGGUGGGUGUGCUGAAGAUGGGAACCGUGGAGAUGCGGGAGAAGAAGAAGGGGCAGGCGUGUGAGGCGGGGCAUUACCUCGGAGAUGGACUGUGGACCAUGGCUUUGUGAGGGUGCUAAAGUCUGGAAUAUGGCGUAGCAGAUGAGUAUUGUCCGGCGUAUCUGGCCAGGGAAGAAGUAGCACGGUCCCAAAAGCAUGCACCAGUACAGCAUCAAGGAUUAGCGUUGUUGGACACAUGACAUGACAAUGGAGACUUUGAUAUGAACAUGGUAUCAUUAUUUAUGGGCAAAGUCACCUGUGCAUGUACUCGCCUUGUUCAUUCGUCGUGAAAUGCAUUGUGCAAGAUCUGACCAACACCACUCUAUUGUGGUGCUCCGCGGCC